AUGCCAAGAGUAAAAAUAGAUUACAUAGUCAGUUUCAGCAGUGAAGAUCCUGAGCACCCGGCUAGCAACCUGCUGAACUUGGAAGUGAGCAAGAAGAAGUGGCUGUGUGCCAAGGGCGAGAGAACAUGUUCCGUUGUGCUGCAGCUACCAAGAGCUGUGAAGAUAUCCAGUUUAAACAUAGGAGCCUACCAUGCAGCUUUAGUGGAAGUAUUAGUAGGAAGAUCAGAAUCAACAAAUGAACAAUAUCAGUGGCAGGUGCUGGUGCCGAGCUGCGUGUUCGCUCUGCGCGAGGAGUCGCGGCGCGGCGCCGAGCUGGCGCGCGUGCGCUCCUUCUCGGGCGCGCAGCUGGCGCCGGGCGCGCGCGCAGGCCGCUGGGACCGCCUGCGCCUCGUCUGCCAGCAGCCGCACGACCGCCGCCAGUUUGGCCUGUCUUUCGUGCAUAUAGACGAGGCUGAGAGCAGCACCCCAGCCGGCGUGCCUCAACGACUACUGGCACUAGACACCUUUUCUUCAGAUGAGGAUGAUUUCAAGCCAGGCGAGCUAUUUGCUAAACACCUUCAGAAAACAAACGCUGAGGACAUCACACCUCCCAGUAAUACUGGUGCUCAAAUAAGGCAAGCAACAUCACAAGCUCUCAAAAAUAUAUCUGACUUUUCAACGAAACUUAUAAAGAAUCCAAUUGUUAAACCGAGUGGUAGCUGCAAUGACAACAAAGCUACUGCAUCGCGGCGACCGGACGUGCAGGUCCGCCAGUCUGGGCCCCGACCGGACGAAGGGGCCCCUCCCCGCCAAACUGCACAGACAAGUGCACCCGCAGAGACAAGUAGCUCAGCGAAACGAAACCUAGACAGCGCGAAGUCAUCAACGGACCAAAACAGACAGUUAGAAACAAAGAAACGAGUGCGCUCCGAGAAUCGGGAGCGACCGUCUGUACCGACAGAGUGCUUACUGCGCGGCGCCACCCUGGUGCUCAGCGGGUACGAGAACCCGCGCCGCGCCGCCGUCCGCCGCGCCGCGCUGGCCCUGGGCGCGCGCCUGCAGCCCGCCUGGGGGCCCGCCUGCACGCACCUCAUCUGCGCGUUCCCCAACACCCCCAAGCUCCGCGCGGCGCGGGCCGCCGGGCGGGCCGUGCCCGUGGCGCGCGCGGAGUGGCUGGACGCGUGCCUCGCGCGGCGCCGCCUGCUGCCGUGGCAGUGGUACGCCACCGAGCCCGAGCGACGCGUCACGCCGCCGGACUCCGAGCCCGACGACUCGGAGCGCGACACUGACGACGAAAUCGAAAAAGUGCUACGAGAUCAAAAGAAGCGGCGAACGGAGGCGAGCACGAACAACGAGGUGGAGUUGCGAGACGGUAGCGACAGCGACGGACAGGCCACGGAGGACGAGGCCGCGCCCGCGCCCGCCGCGCCGCGCCCGCCCGCCGGCGCGCUGCCCGCCUUCCUGGACGGCUGCACCUUCAGUCUGCGCGCCGCCAGCGCCGCCGCCGCGGCCCGCCUGGCGCGGUACGUGCGCGCCUACGGCGGCGACGUACUGGCCGACGGCGCGACGGACGACGCGACGGACGGCGCGCAGUACGAGCUGGACGCGCGCGGCGCGGCGUGGCUGGCGCGCUGUCACGCCGCGCAGGCGCUGCUGCCCUACCCCUGA